GAACAGCAGACUGUGCGAACUAACGGCGCGGCAAUACGAAAAGUACAGUUUGUGUUUAAAGCUAGCGCUAGUGACGUUCUAUAUGGUAUGACGUAAUUUUUUAAUGACAUUCGCAGAUCUUAUUUAAGAAUCAUUCCUAACCACGCCACGAGUGGUAACAUGGCGCCUUGCCGUCUACCGUUGCUGAAAUUUCCCCUGACGCUGGCGCAGUCGCACUCGGGCGGCCGGCGCGCGCAGAUGCGUCCGCUUCCGUGCCGAUCGAUUCGCGUAUCGCAGCAGACGGUGUUCGCCUAGCGAAUCGCUGGGUGUUCCUGUACUUGUCACAUCGAGCAAGAUGGCGCUUGAUUUUGCUGCGACUUACAAAGUUCUGGUCCUGGGUGACUCAAACGUAGGCAAGACGUGCAUCGUACACCGCUAUUGCGACGAACGCUAUUACGAUGUGUAUAUCGCCACCAUUGGUCUGGACUUCAAACAGAAAAUCAUCAACCUAGACGGAACGCCGAUAAAACUGCAGAUAUGGGACACGGCGGGCCAGGAGCGGUUUCGCACUCUGACGACGGCCUACUACCGCGGCGCCAUGGGCAUCCUGCUCAUGUAUGACGUCACCAGCAUGGAGUCCUUCAACCACCUGUCGUAUUGGCUGCGAAACAUACAGGAGAACGCAUCCCCGGACGUGGUGAAAGUUCUCGCUGGCAACAAGUGUGACGCAGUGGCCGAGAGGGCGGUGGAUGCGGAACGUGGCCAGAAGAUUGCUGAAAACUUUGACAUGCCAUUUUUUGAAGUUUCAUGCAAACAGAACAUAAACAUCGAAGAAGCAUUCCUGACGUUAGCCAGGAGAAUACGAGAACAGCGGGAGCGCAGGGCGAGCCUCUUUGACAGCAAUGAGAAGUCCGAGGGCUCCAAAGUGGACCUGAGCAAGUCGAAACUGCCCGCCGGAGCCGAGUCGUGGCGCUGCGGUUGCUAGUCUGCCUGCUGCCCCAGGCUCGUCCACCCAGCUCUCCAGGAGUCACAGUGCCGGGGGACGCGCACUUCACCUGCGCCGGCAUCCUGCAGUCGUCCGGGCAGCUACUGUCUCUGGUGACUCCGCUGAUGUCACCGUUUCAGAAAAGUCAUUUUUGUUGUGUGUCCUUUUUUUAACCUUUUGUAGUUCAUCUCACCUAAGGUCGGCGGUGGCAGAGCACCGCCGGUCCGAAAGGUGGCAGAGAUCUGCACACACGGAGAUGCGUAUAGUGUGAGCGAAGAGGAAACUUGGACGUGUUUUCUGUAUUGUACACACUGAAAUAAAUCUUCUCAUUUCUUCCUCCUUUUCCCCAAAAAUAGUAAAAAAUUUUUCACCAGUAGAAUUCCCUCGAAUGAGUUACCGCUGCACUAUCGGAUGAGGACAUCCGUCCUGAGACAACUGUGCAUCUCUGUACGUGACAAUAGAUAGCAGGUGUGUUAACUCAUUUGGAUGCGAACAAAACUGCCACUAGCUUCUCAAUGUGGAGCACUGACUGAAAUGGUCAACACAAGUAGAGUGUUUUUAAUGACUUUUUUUUUAAGUGGUAGAUCUAUAUUGGUUUGAACUGCCACAUCUGUUUGAUGCACCUGCAUCCUUUCGAAAUAAUAUCUAAUAUGGAAAAUUUGCUCUCAAUAGAAGAUAGUCAACAGUGACCAAGGCUACAUCUGUCACUGCAAGCAUUUUACUAUGGAUUCUCUGCUGUUCCAAAUACAAAUAAUUUUGGAGCACUCCCUGCUCUGCAGAUGAGAAAAGAAAAUGCUCAUCUAGUUGCUUUUUAGGUUGUGAGUACCUGUAUCAGGUUUCUUUUAGAAAUUAUAAUAUGACAUAAAAGUAAUUGGUGCUGUGUACAAAUCUGUAUUAUGAGGUCAGUCAGUUUAAAUAAUAAUUGUUUUAGUUUCCAAGUAGACUUGUAGUUUCAAUGCUUGUUCCACCAUUGUCUGGGUACAUCAUCUCCUCUUGAUUUUUUUAAAUUGUUAUUUUGGUUCAUUGAUUUAGUGGAUAGAAUGUUCUGAGACAUUUGUCAUUUCUUUGGACAUAUUCAGCCACUUUGUGGGGCACUGCCACUAAAAUUUCCUUUGUACAAUCUGGAAUACUGUCUUUUCUCUUUUACUUUCAAGAAGAUUUAUAACUCGAAUAUGAUGGCUGCUAUGAAGAAAUUUUUAAAAGACUGUACUUUGAAUAUCGUAGGUACUUCUCAUGGUGUACCAGUUCUGGCUGAUAGGUUUCUAUUUUCCAUUGACCAGUGUCUUCAAGAGAUAUAGUCUUCAAAUUAUACUUCUGUUGCAUUUUGUAGACUGUAAUUCCAACCAUACAUGAUACCGCAAUUCAAAAAUUUGAGCUCUUUGUUUCACUUGCAUAUUAAGCUCCUUUAAAAAAGUUAUUGUUGAAGCUCUCCUCUCAAACUAUAUCAUGAAAUAUGGUAACUGUCUGGACAAAAUGGAGAUGUCGUUCAUACAGUGUGCAAGAAUUUCAGAUUGAAUCCUUCACACAGAGUACACUGAGAGAUUAAAACUGUUUUCCACACCAGGGCUAGACACUUACCAUCUGAGCUAGCCAACUGUGAGUUUUAUACAUAUGGUUCAGUUGGUUGUUAAGAGCUCUAGCUCCACAAGAGCCAAACUUCUGGUGUGGAAUCUGAGUCCAGCUUACACUUGUAACCUACCAAGGAAUCUGAUUUCAGUGCACACUCCCCUGCCGAGUUAAAAUAUUCAUUACAGAUAAACAAUAGUGUUUCUGUACAUCACUGAAACCAUCAUCUUCACCACCUCAUACUUUAGGCAUACAUAACUACACUUAGUGUGUCCACACUGGUCCCCCCCCCCCCCCCCCCCCCCCCCCCCCCUGGUUUAUAGCUCCAUUUCACGAGAACUUGGUGGUGUAUUUUUUCAUGUGGACCACAUGCCUGUGUUUACAGCACAUCAGAUGUUAGUAAGGACGUAUCAACUGCCACAGACAUCUUCCACUAAUUCGGUCCUCACAAAACAGGCAUCUUUGAUCAGGAAAACAGUGUUAUUAAAUGUUUUAACACGAAAAACAUUGUAAAAUUUGACACAAUUUUUUCUGAAGUAAUAGUGCUCUUACAAACAACUCACAUGCUUCCACUGAGUAAAACCUUUCUCAGAUUAAAGAGAGCAAAAGCGCUACAACUAUUAGCAAUGUGCUUGCACCUUCAGGGAAUCCACUGUAACCGACAGCAUUAUCCCACAAUUGUCUCUUUUUUUGUUCAUAGGAGGAAAAGAGAAGAUAAGGACAAUGUUGAGUCACUUAUUACUUUUUUUAAUCAUCAUUUCCUUCGUUUUACUGCACAAGAGAUGGUGAAAAUGUAAUACGCAAGUUUGAACUUGGCUCUACAGUAUUAUGUGGAAGUGUGCAAUGUUUUCAUUUGUGAUACAGUUUUAUGGUAAUGUUAAGUACAUUGUAAGGGGUAAAUGUAUAUAAGAUUUAAGAAAAAGUUCUAAUAUUAAUUCUUAUAGUAUUUAGGGAGCUGCAAUAACCAACAGUCUAAAAGCACUGUCAGCACACAAACACUAUUGCAAGAGAACUAAAGCUGGUCUUUAGUAAUAUCGAUGUUAUGCUUACAAAACCCCAUGUCAAGCUGAGAAAGAAAUCCUUUUGCUUUGAAAUGAUGUACAUUUUAAUUGAUUGAGCCAUAUUCUGCACAGAUCAGGUAUGUGUGCUGUGAACAUUAUAGCAAUGGGGUAUGUUACAUUUGUUGAACUUCUGGAACAAACAGAACAGAAAAAAAUAGUCAUGUAUGGAGACUUUUUACAGAAACUUCAAAGAGAGCAAAACUUGUGGAAUAUGGUCCACAAAAACUAAGACUGCUAUGAGGUAAUAAUUUUUUGAUGCCUUCUGUUUUAAGCAUAAUAUUUUGCUUCAUAUUUCCUUUUUCACUUUCUUUCAUUUUUUAUAUUAUUUAUUUAUUUGUCUUUUUAUGACAUAAAUAUUUCUUGUGUGUGUGUUCGUUACAUUUCGACAUAAAGAAUAUACAGGUGCUGAUGAACUUCACUCUUGUUUGCUUAAGUUUACCUCAAGUACACUGAUAAACCAGUGUUUGAAAAGUAGGAAAAAGAAAAUGUACUCAUUAACUAAGAGAGAGAUAUUGAAACUGGUGAAAAGGAAACACACACAUCACAUUCUUUAUAUUAUUUCUUAAUGCUCAUUUCAGUUUCCUUACAAUUUAUGUCUUCCCUCAUUUGCAUCCACACAGACUCUAAAACAAUAUCAAAUUCAGACGAAAACCUGGAGGAAGAUGGCUGCAUGUUUAUUUAUGUAGAAAGUUAACUACAGUUAUACACACACAAUGUUGAUCCUCUUGACGUCUUUGGAUAAAAUGUUUGUGUUGUAACUCUCCUACUUGCAGCCCCAUCACCCAAAAAAGCAUUACAAAGUUUUGGCAUUACUCUCAGGGUUGUUUAUAGAUAUAUUGUUAACUGUAAGCAUCCUGUAAUGAGGAAUUCCCAAAGGUAUGUCCACAUCAAAUGCAUUUUAAGUGAAUAAUGGUAGUCUCACAUAUUCACUGUCUGAUUCUGUAGCUUGUCAAUUAGCAUGUCUGGCUGCUCUACGGAAUACCCUAAUUCGAUUCCCAGUACUGCCAACAAUUUUCCCUCAGUGGGAAGCCUGGAACGGGCUGCACUCACCAUUGUGAGGCCAGUUGAGGAGCAGCUUGGCCAAACAACAGUGGCUCCAGAUCACAAAAACUGACAACGCCUGGCAGAAUGGUGUGCUAACCACAUCCCCCUCCGUACCGCAUCCAAAUGACCCCAUCAGGCCAGGACAACACGGCAGUCGAGCGGUACCAAUGCGUAUGUCUGGCCAGAAUGCGGAGCUGUGUCCACAUAUUUCUCUGCAUUCUUCUUACUCUCAGCACCAGAGUAAUAGUGCAGCUGAACUAGACAUAUUUGUAUUUAGAGUCUGUUUAUUCUGACUUCCACCAUUGCCAUUAUUGUUUCACAAAUAUGGCUGUUUUAUGCACGAUAACCUGUCUGUACAAGGGUGGUCCCAUAAGUACCCGACCAAACAAAGAAAACACAAAAAUUUUGGAAACAAAUGUAUUUAUUUUUCAACAUAAUCUCCUUCCAGCUCUAUACACUUCUCCCAGCAAUGUUCAAUAUGUUUGAUACCCAUUUUAUAACGAUAACUGUCUAACUCCUCAAAAUAGCCAUUAACUGCUGACAUCACGUCAUCAUUUGUUGAAACUCUUCUACCACUGAGGCGUUUUUUCAUGUUUGCGAACAGAAAAUAAUCAGAUGGGGCUAAAUCUGGUGAAAAGGAUGCAUGAGGUAGCAAUUCAAACUUUAAUUCAUUAAUUUUGGCCACUGCAAUAACAGACUUGUGAACUGGUGUAUUGCCUUGAAGAAAUGACACUUUCUUUUUGGACAAAUGUGGCUGUUUUUGCUUGAUUUCUUCACCCAAAUGUUACAAUAAGUUCGCAUAAUACUCGCCAUUGGUAGUUUUUCUUUUUUCAAGGUAGUCACUGAAAAUUAUCCUACGCACAUCCCAAAAAAUCGACACCACGACCUUGCCUGCAGAUGAAACGGUCUUCACCUUCUCGGGAGUCAGUUCUCCAAUUUGUGUCCACUGUUUUGAUUGUUCUUUUGUCUCGGGAGUGAAGUGGCAGACCCAUGUUUCAUCCACAGUCAUGAAACAGCUCAAAAAAUCUGCUUUGUUGCUACAAAACUUUGCUAAACACUCAAUUGAAACAUCUGCACGACACUGCUUGUGUUCUAGUUUGAGCCAACGGGGCACAAACCUUGCACACAGUUUCCUCGUGUCCAAAUUUGCAGAUAAUAUGCAAGUACCACACUUUUUGAAAUGCCUACUAUACCUUCUAGCUCGUGCACUUUCAGUUGACAAUUGUCCAUUACAGCUUUGUGAAUUUUAUUCACCAUUUCUGGAGCCUUCGCCUCAUUUGGUCGACCACUGCGACACUCGUUUUGGCAGCUAUACGUCCUCGUUUAAACUUAGCUACCCAAUAUUUUACUGUUGUCAGCGAAGGAGCAGACUCUCUCAAAGUAGUAUCCAGCUUAGCUUUAAAAUUGAUAGAGCUGUGGUCUUCCAAAAAAAAAAAAAGGUUUCUCAUGAUAAUGACUUAUUUUCUCCAUUUCCACAAGUUCACUUACACUGUUCACUACUGAUGAGUACCAAACAAAUACUAAACAAUAUGGUGUCUUCAAACUUGAAACCUAUGCUUCAUAGAUUGUUUACUUUCUAAUCCAGAGAUAUUUUUCAACAACGACUGCAAUCUUAGCUUGGAGGUAAGUGGUACUGUGCAUUUCACUUCCAUGUAGUUUGCUACAGUAUGUGAGUUGAUGUUGGAUGCCAGUUUUCGAGCAUUCGCAACUGACUAUAAGUGAAUAAUUAGAAUGGGAGUGUAAUUCUGGAAAUGACUGCCAGACUACAGACAAACAAUUGUCCGAUGUGUCCUCUUUGUCCAAGGUGCUGCUUCGGUGAGGCACCAAACAGCAUCUUCCGAGUGUUACGGAAAGUAUGAGAGAGGUGCCGGCAGAUGGAAGUCGUGGGUGGUGAGGCACAUCUAGACAGGUCAGGCUUGGGGAAGUGUGGCAGGUGGAAGAUGAGGGUUCCAUUUGGAUACUAUGUUUGGCAUCUGUGCCAUAUUUGGGAUCUGUAGCUUCCUAGGCCAAAUCUGGGGUUCUGGCCCUACUGCCACAAAUUUUGUGAUGACUCCUCCUCCUGUUCUUCUUCGUAUCCUUACGAUGUAUCUUCAUAGGGUAACCACAUUAAGUUUGUAUUUGGCAAUGUUAGUGGUAGAGGGCAGCCGUAUGCUCUUCCUGUUGCAAUCCCUUCUUCCCUGGGGUGGCAUUUGAAUACCCCAUCUGCCUGUGUCUAGCACUAUAUGAUGUGAAAUUGUGAUUGUUUUUGAAAUGUUUACGAGUUGUGUAACUUAGACAGUAUGUGGGUACUGCCCAGUAUUCACUUAGUUGGAUGCGGAAAACCACCUAAAAAUUUAUAUUCGGGCUGGCCGGCAUACCAAUUCUCAUCAUUUAUUUUCUGGCUUGAUUUGACCUGGCGUCACUGGGCCUUUCUGAAUCCUGGAAAUGGCAUUCUGACAUGUGUGUCUAUCUGGGCAGGUCAAAUUUGAUCAUAAUUAACCCACAAACAUACCAUUUUAGAGCAACUUUUGAAUAAUGCAGCAUUUCGGAUUUAUUAUUUAGUUAUGUAAAAUUUUAGUACACAAUUUAUGGUUUUAUGAACUGAUGAGACUAAAAAAUUGAAAUCAUUAAGUCAUUCCACACAGUUUAUUAACCUCAAUAUGGAAGGGAAAGAAAACAGAAAACAGAAGGUAGAAAUUCAUGUUCAUUCAAAACUCAGUAUCUUAUUUUAAGAGUAAUUUAUUGUACCUAUAAGCAAACAUGUUUUGUAGAUGACAUAAGGGAAACAAAUUGCACCCACAUUUUAUUCAAGCACAAUACUUUCCCAAGUAAUCAGUUUUAAAAAUGAAGUUUUAAAUAAUCUUGUUAGCUAACUGAUUUGCAUCUAGACUCCAUGCUAAUAAUGUUCCUUAAUGUUUUCAUAGAUUAGCUGACUUAAAAUAUACAGUUUAGUACCGAACUUGUCUACUGCUGUGGAUGUUCGAAUCCUGAUUGACCACAAUUUUGAAAAUUACCUCCAUCCACUCUUGUCUGUGAUCACAAGCAAGCAGCAAUAACAGUAUUAGGAAAAUACCUCUGAGACAGUAGUGUGCGAAUUAAUUUACACUCAUCAUCAAAAUGAGUUGUCGGUGGAACCGUCAGAACUUUGGAAAAGUAAUAGAUCUAUACCGAGGACACUCAAUGAAAUGUUUUGCUUCAGUACUUUGAAGAGAUACAUCAGUUUUGUGGAAUAUAACAAAUUUUAGGCAGCCAAAAUUGCAUUAACCAUUAGUUUAAGUCAUAUUUUGCCAACUGAAGCAGCACAUGUUCAAAAUUAACAUGAGGAAGUGCGGGUUCUGAGAAGUAAAUGCUCCCUGGAAUAAUUUUAGCUGUCCACUAAACAGCUCAGCUGAAAAACCUACACAAAAUAAUCCUGUUCACACCUUUUACGAUUAUAAGUAGGCUGUUGCCGCAGUAUUAAAAUGAAGACAAUUUCUCUGCUUAAGAUUUUUGUAGAACAGCCUGGAUAGCCUCCCUGUAAAUGUGGUUCCGAUCAAAAAAGAGAUUCACUUUGCUUGAUGUCUACUAGUUGCCACUUGUGAUUUGAAGUAGAAAUACAGUGACGGCAUACUUUUGCUGUAACUCUGUAUCCUCGAGGACAUUUCUCUUGGAGGAAAGAUGGAGCGGUGUCCUGUCACUACCAUGGGGACACCUGAAGAUCUGCUCGGAGGAUCAGUGUCAGGCCAAAUACCUGGGAGAGCAAAAUUCUCUGAGUGCCCAUCCUGUGGAACUUUAGGUAGAGGACAAGCAUUGCUUUUACAUUAUUUUCUAUUUGUUUUUCAUAUGACUUUGUGCUGACAUCACAAUUCUGCACCCGUCACUCAAUGGGGAAUUGUUUGGUUUGUUUGGCACGACUAUUUUUCCAUGUGCAGCUAUCAUCAGGUAGAGUUUUUACAGGAUUUCAACUUAAAAAUAGCAAACAACAUAAAAAAUGUAAGUAAAAAUCGCUCCAUGCAAAUGACGCAGUGUUGAAUUUGUUCUGGAAAUACCGGUUUCUGGAUUCAUUUAAUUAUGUACAUAUUUUGUUGAUCCAUUUGUGCAUGUGGUAAGCUAGGUUCUAAACUGAGAGCAAAGGUUCAUCUUAUGGCCACACAGUAAAUGUGAGAAGCACAAACUUAGUUGUGAUUUGUCAACGACUUACGGGAACAGUGUAAAAA